AUGAAACAGUUCGCACGCGGCCUGGCUGUAUCGAAACUGGAAAAAUUGAACUAUUCGUUUAACCAAAUAGGACCAACUCUCGGGUGCAGGGAACUUGUUCAAGGCCUAAAAAGUAAUCGGUAUUUGCAAGAACUUGAUCUAAGUGACAAUUUGAUAUCUCCCCAAGGAUGUGUGAUUUUAAGCAGAGCUCUUGCCGCCAAUAAGCAUUUAAACAAAAUUAAAUUUGCAAGAAAUCCAUUCCAGAGUGCUGGUUGCUUUGCUCUACUCACAGGAGUUCUGAAAAAUCGUGGCUCAAAGUUGAUCGAGCUAAAUUUCGAGGAUAUCGGUGUUAAUGAUGAUUUCAAGAUCCUUUUGGAUAAGUCAUUCAAGCUGCUUCCCAAUUUACGCGUCAUCUAUGGCUCAAAACUAACAAUCAAGGACCUAACCAUCUACUCUCUGAAAAUGUAUGCCCCUGCAGCCGAUUCACCGAAGAAGUGGCUGCUGACGAUGCGUCAGCUUGAGAAGAGGAUUAACCGUCCCAUUUUGCCCUUCCUCAUGGAGGCGGACAUGGACAAGGACAUGAAGCUGUCACGAUGGGAAACCACGAAAGCACUUGAAGUUAGCCUCUCUUUGAUACCUCUUAAAUCCACUACUCCCUUGGCCAUUGGAUUAGCACCCGAGGAGUUGCAGGGACUGCUCAAAGAACUGGAUCCGUAUGAGGAGAAUGAAGUGAAAAUAAGGUGA